AUGGCUGGUUCACGAGUACGUCACAGCCACUUGAUUGAGCUGGAAAGUGAUGCUGCCUCGAGAAGCGAUGAUGAAGAAGAGAGUCCAAAAUUGGCAAAAAGAACUAGAAACAGGCCCAAGUACACAGAAGGCAAUUCUCCCGAAGAAAUAAGCGAUAACGAGGCUAGCGCCAAUCCGAGUGAGACUCUGAAGCUGCCUCAAUCAUCUGGUAUUAAAUACAACUUUGAGAAGAACGAUGUAAAAGCAGAGGAACCUGAAGAAGGAAAGGCAGAUUCUGAUGAAUCUGAAGACGAGGAACCAGAUGCAGCAGAACUUGAUGAUGAUAAGGAAGAGGAUUACAUGGAAGAUGACGAUGAAGAAAACCAAAUUUCAAGAUCUAGAGCAAGACGGUCACGAAGGAGCAAACAUGCGGCAGUUGUUUCAGAUGAUUCUGAUUUUCACGAAGACAGUGACAUUUCUGAUGAAGACGAGUUUGUAGAAAAGUUGAAGGAAAGGAACUUUGUAGCUUCUGAUGAUGAAAACAACUCUGAAGAUUUUGGCUAUGGGGACGCACCUCCAAAGAGAAAAAAAAGAAGGAGAAGUAGAUCAGUUUCUGUUGAGCCUAGAAGAACAAGGAUGACUAGGUCGAAAGUCUAUAGUGAGCAAGAAAAUAACCAUGAGUUGAAAAACUCCGAAGAUGAUGUGGAUAGCAUACAAAAAGAGAUUGAAGAUUUGUAUGAUUCAUCUCCAAGUCAGACACCAGUCAAGCAUAAACUAAGGGAAAGAGGUAACAAAAUUGAUUAUACUAUACCUCCUCCCAUUUCAAAUGACAUGCAAAUUGGAAAUAGUCCUAUCGUUCCAGGCAGCAGGUCGAGGGGCAGACGACCAAAUAUUAAUAAGAAUGAAUACAGAAAGCUAUUGUUUCCGACUGCGGGUCCAUUUGGAGGAAGUGACGUUAUAUCUUUAUUUGGUACGAAUAUCCCACCUGGAGGAAUGUCAUUACCUGGAAUGACUAACACGAACAGUCUAACUGCUAUUGGCCAAAAUGACAGCGAUUCAGACUCUUCUGAAGACGAAAUUGCACCAGUAAACGGAGAGGCAUCGAUAAAGACCUCAAAGAAUUUUUUAAUUCCUUCAAAAGCAGCUCCUGGUGCAUUGAUUGACCAGAAAGAAAAGAAGAAAAACAGUCUUAGUGAUUCAGAUCCAUUGGGUGUUGAUAUGAAUAUUGAUUUUUCUGUUGUUGGUGGCUUGGACAACUAUAUCAAUCAACUCAAGGAAAUGGUUGCUCUUCCAUUGUUAUAUCCUGAGCUCUACCAGAACUUCGCCAUUACACCGCCUAGGGGGGUUUUAUUUCAUGGUCCUCCGGGUACAGGUAAGACCUUGAUGGCUAGAGCAUUGGCAGCUAGCUGUUCUUCGUCUACGAGAAAAAUUACUUUUUUUAUGAGAAAAGGUGCAGACUGUCUAAGUAAAUGGGUAGGGGAGGCAGAGCGACAACUUAGAUUAUUAUUUGAAGAAGCAAAAAAUCAACAGCCAUCCAUCAUAUUUUUUGACGAAAUUGAUGGGUUAGCACCUGUGAGGUCUUCGAAGCAAGAACAAAUCCAUGCGAGUAUUGUUUCCACAUUAUUGGCCUUGAUGGACGGUAUGGACAACAGAGGACAAGUAAUUGUAAUUGGCGCCACUAAUAGACCAGACUCUGUUGACCCAGCUUUAAGACGCCCAGGAAGGUUCGAUCGUGAAUUUUAUUUUCCCUUGCCUGACAUGUCUGCGAGGGCGAAGAUUUUGGAAAUUCACACAAGAAAGUGGCAUCCACCUUUACCAGAAGAGUUUCUUAAGAAAGUGGCAGAAUUGACUAAAGGAUAUGGAGGGGCAGACUUGAGAGCAUUAUGUACGGAGGCAGCGCUUAACAGCAUACAGCGCAAAUAUCCACAAAUUUAUGGAACUAGUGACAAACUCAAAGUUGAUCCCACGAAGGUGAAAGUAGUUGCAAAAGAUUUUAUGAAUGCACUUGAUAAAAUUGUACCAUCAAGCGCUAGAUCUAGCUCCUCAGGUUCCUCGCCGUUGCCUGAUAACUUGAAACCUUUAUUACAACCACUUAUGAGUGAAAUAAUCAAGAAGCUUGACGACUUGUUACCUGACGCAGGUAGUAAGAAAAAAAAGUUAACUACUCUUCAAGAAGCGCAUUACUUAGAUCCUACAAUUAAUGACAGUGAUGGUGGUUUUGGGAAACAGCAACUUUUGAAGAACCUUGAAAAUUCAAGAGUAUUUAAGCCACAUUUACUAAUUUGUGGUGGCCAAGGUAACGGUCAGCAAUACAUUACAUCUGCCAUCCUUAAUUAUUUAGAGGGAUUUCAACUUCAAUCAUUAGAUAUGGGAAACAUAUUUGGCGAUCCAACUAAGUCGCCAGAGCUGUGCAUUGUUCAGACUUUCAUUGAAGCAAGACGGCAUCAACCUUCCGUUAUAUUUAUCCCUAACAUUGAUAUUUGGUUCCAGGUUGUCCCCUCCUCUGCUAAGGCUACUUUGACUGGAUUACUUAGAAACCUCAGAAGCAAUGAAAAAAUUUUGUUACUUGGUAUAUCUGAAACAAAUAUAGAGGAUAUUGACCCAGAAGUAAAGUUAAUCUUUGGCUUUAACAAUUAUUCCAACAACGUUGGCUUAAGAAAUCCUUCAAGGAGCCAGCGAAAAGAGUAUUUCGAGACGAUGAAAAAAGCCCUUCUAAUGAAACCAUUUGAAUUCGUUAAUGAUCUUAAAAAUCGCCCCAAGCGCAAACUCAAAAAGCUUAAAGUUUUGGUUGAUGAGGUCAAUGAGCCUCAGAGUUUGCUGCUUAAAAGACGUCUCAAACAACAGGAUUAUGAAGACACAAAAUUAAAGAAUGUUCUUAAGAUUAAGCUAGCUGGUUUAAUGGACCUUUUCAAGAAUCGAUAUAAGCGCUUUAAAAAACCUCUUAUUGACGAUACUUUUUUGUAUCAUUUAUUCGAUCCGACCGUAAUUGAUAACCCUUUAAAUAACUAUGAGGUUUUAUAUGAAAGGUCUCAUGAUGCUGGGCAUGAGAACAUGAUCAAAGAGAUUGCAUCAGGUAAAUUUUACUAUAACAUGGACUUGGACAUUAUUGAAGAGAGACUUUGGAAUGGAUAUUAUAGUGAGCCGAAACAAUUCUUGAAGGACAUAAAGUUGAUCGUAAAGGACUCUAUCACGUUUGGUGAUCGAGAGAGGAUACUCAAGGCCAAUGAAAUGUUUACCAAUGCGCAGUUUGGUGUAGAUGAAUUCAGUACACCUGAGUUCAUUCAAGCUUGCAAAAAAUUAAGAAUGAGAGAAAUAGAAAAACAAAAAGUGCUUCUUGAGGAGCGCAAGCAGUUGGCUGAAAACUUAAAAGCAAAUCAAGUGCAAAAUAUUAUUGUGCAUGAAGGAGGAACAGGAAACUUUCUGGAAGGAACAAAUAUGAAUGGUACGGCGGACAUUCAGGUCAUGAAUAAUGGUGCUUUGCUGAGCAAAGGUAGCGAUAAUAGUACUUUGGUAAAUGAAUUUACUCAGACUCCGCUGUUAUUGGAAUCUGAUGUAGCAAAUGGUAAAAAAACAGAAGAGACUAAUGGUACUGUCGCAUCCAGCAAUGUAAAGCUUGAUGAUAAAAAGGAGCUGGAUGAGGAACGCGAAUCCGACACCGAAUCUGAAGCCGAAGACGAAGAGCCACUAAAAGCAGUUGAAUCCAAGGAGUUAAUAUUAAGUGACAAGACUGAUGAGUUUUUCGAAAAUACACUAUUGGAAAUAACAGAGAAUUACAAUAUUGAAAAAUUAGAAAUUGUGAUGGCAAAGCUAAUCGAAAUCAUUUGGGACGAUAGGGAUAAGUGGGAUAAAACAUCAACCAUGGAUAAGAUGAUCUACACUGCCAAUAUGUUCAGAUCCUCUUUUAGCUUGCCAAUUUAG